AUGCGUCUCUUUCUCAUCCGCCACGGCGAAUCCGUCGACAACGUUGCUGGCCUCUACGCAGGCUCUCGCGACUCCGCUCUGACGAACCAUGGCGUCCUCCAGGCCCGCCGUCUCGGUGCACAUCUGGCCGCUCGGUCCUCGGUCGUCGGUUUCGUGCAGCACAUCUUUGUCUCGAACCUACAACGUGCCCUGAGGACUGCGGAAGCUGUCGCCGAGACACAGUCGGGCCUCGAUCCUUCUGGCGAGUCUGUCAAAGUCGUACAAUUGCCUGAGUUGAGGGAAAAGGAUUUUGGCUCCGAGGAAGGAAGACGGUUUGGCUCGCGUGGGGCAGAGCCCUCGGCGAAGGCAGCUGGCUGGAUUGAGCCUGAGAGCAAGGAGUCGAUGAAGGCGAGAGUAGAGCGCUUCAUCGACACACAUCUCAUCCCUACCAUCCUCAAAGGUUUCCACAGCGAUGUCAACCACUCCGUUGCCAUCGUCGCGCAUGGCAUCAUCCUCAACGUCCUCUUGAGGUGCUUGCUAGCACGUUUCGGCCCAGAAGAGCUGACCAAGCUCACAAGACCAAGCGACACUCCUGGGAAGAUGGAAUGGCUGGCUUCUUGGUCCAACACUGGUUACCUUGAAGCAGAUCUGCGUUUGAGGAUAAGUGCAUCUUCGGCUGGCGCUGAACCGAGGCCUGCCAUCACCACCGUGAACGGCCGCCCCAUGCUGGGUGCAGUCGUGCCUCGUCAGGCCUCCAAAGAGAACGCUGUAGCUGCAGUGGACACCCGCCCAGCUGAAGCUCCCACCCUCGAGAUCUUGAUGACCGUCACUACGGUCAACUCGACCGAGCAUCUCCAAGGCCUCAAAAAGACACGUGGUGGUAUAGGCAGCGCGGCCUUCGACCAGAAGCAGAAGACUAUGGACUCAUUCUUCACUCGGCCAGCCAAGGCGUCACCGCCAGUCAAGGCCCCAUCACCAGUGAAGGCACCUACACCGGUCAAGGAUAAUACGCCAGCUGAGCCUGCUCCUGCAGAUGACCCCGCUCCGCCCGUUGAAGCUCCCCAGACAGUCAAGGGACCUCGUCCUCAACCUCAGGCUCGGGGUCAGCCUCAACUUCAACCUCCAGCCCAAGCCCAAGCUCAAUCUCAAGCUCAGGUUCAAGCUCAACCAGGGAAGGCACCUCAGCCAGCCCAACCAACCCUGCCAUCUCAGCCUCCCAAGGCAACUCAACCAAACCAGCCCGUCCGGCCUUCUCCGGCCGCUCAGACUGUUCAGGGUCCUCGCCCGGCUCGAUCACCGAAGCCAGCCGCGUCUUCUCGGCAAACUCAGAUCACACGCCCAGUCAAGGCACCUGAGUCGCCUAAACCCGCGGAGGAAAUCAAAUCUACUCCUCCAGCCGAGGCCCUUCAACCCGUGAAGGUGCUUCAGCCAACCGAGGCCACUCGUCCAGUGAAGGCCCCGCAACCUGUCAAGAUCACUCGCGCCCCGACCGAAAUCUCGGUCGUUUCUAAAGCUGUCGAACCUGUGAAGGCCAAGGAGCCAGGCAAAGCUUUUCGACCCAACAAGGUCAAACGCCCAGUCAAGAAGGCCAAGGUCCACAAGAAGGUCAGGUUUGCGUUGGACUUCGAGGAUUGA